AUGGAGAGAACAAGCAGCAUUAGGAGGAAAGCCGUGAUAAGACAACACAAGGCUGAAGUCAUGAUUGCUGGGGAACAACUCAGGUUGAGACUUCAUGAUGCAAAGCUGAUAAAGGACCGACGCUACCACCUGCGCACAUACCCCAACUGCUUUGUAGCACAGGAGCUUAUAGACUGGCUCGUGAGCCAUAAGGAAGCUCCGGACCGAGCAACAGCUGUGUGUCUCAUGCAGCACCUCAUGGACCAUGAGAUUGUUCAUCACGUUUGUGACAAGAGGUCAGUUUUCAAAGAUGCCAAACUGCUGUACCGCUUCCGGAAGGACGACGGCACAGUUCCGUUUAAUAUGGAGGUGAAAAUCUUCAUGCGAGGACAGCGGCUAUAUGAACAUCUCAUAGGGGAUAAGAACUCUAUAAUGCAGCUCAGAGAGGAGCAGGCUGUUUCUUAUCAGCGUGCUUUUCCUGGCUGCCAGUUGAUUGACUGGCUUCUUCAGAAUGGAGAGGCAGAGAGCCGGCGUCAGGGGCUGGGGCUCUGCCGUGCACUGCUGGAGAAUGGCAUUAUUCAUCAUGUGGCAAAUAAGCAUGAUUUCAUCGACAGUGGACUUCUCUAUCAGUUCUGCAUCAAUUUCCGCCGCAGACGCCGCCUGUCUGAGCUCUUAAAUGAGAGUAAGCAGGACAAUGAUGGAGGUGUGGCUCAUGAAGACAACCACUCUGAUAGUCCAUCUGUUGAGUGCAGACACCUCACCACCAACAGUGCUUUUCACUCUGUGGGGUCAAGUAAAGACCUGAAACAAGUCACCAGUGGACGUCGAGGCAGCCUGAAUUCCCUUCAGCUUCACUCUGCUGCAUUUCCACCCCUUGUGUCCUCCACCUCUGUGACGAGAUGCAAUCCUAAAUCAGUCCUUCGAGGAACUGUUACAUGUGAAAAGUUACUGGCACCCGGUGCACCCUUCAUCAAGAAAGUAUUAACGGUGUUAGGAGACACUCUGGGUUGGGGUUUUGUUGUCAGAGGCAGUUCUCCCUGUUAUGUGCAAGCUGUUGACCCUGGAAGCCCUGCAGCAGCUGCUGGUGUUAAGGUACGGCAGUUUGUGUGCCAUUUGAAUGGACAGUGUGUUCUCUACCUGGACUACAGAACCCUCAACAGGCUGGUGAUGACCGGACCUCGCACUGUUGUACUGGAAGUGAUGGAGCCACUGGAAUGACGACAAGUUUUAAUGUCAGCUUCUUAUUUUUGGACAC